AUGUGCGCACCCAGACGCGAUUGGUGCGAGUGGUGCAAGCGCGAAGUGACUCCUAGCGGCGGUCGAUAUGAAGCCUGCGAUAAGAAGCCACUAGGCGUAGAUCCACAAGCUUGUCCUCAUUGGGAUGCUGGUGCCGAUCCUUGGUUUGGGGUAGUAUGUAGUAGGUGCGGAUCAGGAUUUCCUGCCCAACUACGACGUUAAAUGGGUUCAGUCUCUACCUCUUGGUGUCACUCAAGGUUAUGGACAGCUCAAAAACUACCAUCGUGGACCUCCAUUGGCGUUCUUGAUUUGA